GCAGUCCCACUUUACUUUGAGCACUGUGAGGUCACAAACCACAUGAUUCUGUCUCUCCAGUAAUAGUGCUUGCAAAAAAAAGGAGUUUUAAAGCUUUUGCUUUUUUGGAUUGUGUGAAUGCUUCAUUCGCCUCACAAACAACCACAGAACCACAAGUGCGGUGCAAACUUUCUCCAGCAGGACAGCAAGAAGUCUCUGGUUUUUAAAUGGUUAAUCUCCGCAGGUCACUACCAGCCACCGAGACCAACAGAGUCAUUUAAGGCUGCAAGCAGUAUUUACCAGAGAGGGUACAAGUUCUAUCUGAAAAAAAAAAGAGGGACUAUGGCAUCAAACAGCCUCUUCAGCACAGUGACACCAUGUCAGCAAAACUUCUUUUGGGAUCCGAGCACCAGCCGGCGCUUCAGCCCCCCCUCCAGCAGCCUGCAGCCCGGCAAGAUGAGCGACGUGAGCCCGGUGGUGGCUGCGCAGCAGCAGCAGCAACAGCAACAGCAGCAGCAGCAACAGCAGCAGCAGCAGCAACAGCAGCAGCAGCAGGAGGCGGCGGCGGCGGCAGCGGCGGCGGCGGCAGCGGCAGCGGCGGCCGCCGCGGUGCCCCGGUUGAGGCCGCCACACGACAACCGCACCAUGGUGGAGAUCAUCGCCGACCACCCAGCCGAACUUGUCCGCACCGACAGCCCCAACUUCCUGUGCUCGGUGCUGCCCUCGCACUGGCGCUGCAACAAGACCCUGCCCGUGGCCUUCAAGGUGGUAGCCCUCGGAGAGGUACCAGAUGGGACUGUGGUUACUGUCAUGGCGGGUAAUGAUGAAAAUUAUUCCGCUGAGCUCCGAAAUGCCUCUGCUGUUAUGAAAAACCAAGUAGCAAGGUUCAACGAUCUGAGAUUUGUGGGCCGGAGUGGACGAGGCAAGAGUUUCACCUUGACCAUAACUGUCUUCACAAAUCCUCCCCAAGUAGCCACCUAUCACAGAGCUAUUAAAGUUACAGUGGAUGGACCCCGGGAACCCAGAAGGCACAGACAGAAGCUUGAUGACUCUAAACCUAGUUUGUUCUCUGACCGCCUCAGUGAUUUAGGGCGCAUUCCUCAUCCCAGUAUGAGAGUAGGUGUCCCGCCUCAGAACCCACGGCCCUCCCUGAACUCUGCACCAAGUCCUUUUAAUCCACAAGGACAGAGUCAGAUUACAGACCCCAGGCAGGCACAGUCUUCCCCGCCGUGGUCCUAUGACCAGUCUUACCCCUCUUACCUGAGCCAGAUGACGUCCCCGUCCAUUCACUCCACCACCCCGCUGUCUUCCACACGAGGCACUGGGCUUCCUGCCAUCACCGACGUGCCCAGGCGCAUUUCAGAUGAUGACACUGCCACUUCUGACUUCUGCCUCUGGCCUUCCACUCUCAGUAAGAAGAGCCAGGCAGGUGCUUCAGAACUGGGCCCUUUUUCAGACCCCAGGCAGUUCCCAAGCAUUUCAUCCCUCACUGAGAGCCGCUUCUCCAACCCACGAAUGCACUAUCCAGCCACCUUUACUUACACCCCGCCAGUCACCUCAGGCAUGUCCCUCGGUAUGUCCGCCACCACCCACUACCAUACCUACCUGCCACCACCCUACCCCGGCUCUUCCCAAAGCCAGAGUGGACCCUUCCAGACCAGCAGCACUCCAUAUCUCUACUAUGGCACUUCAUCAGGAUCCUAUCAGUUCCCCAUGGUGCCGGGGGGAGACCGGUCUCCUCCCAGAAUGCUUCCGCCAUGCAGCACCACCUCGAAUGGCAGCACGCUAUUAAACCCCAAUUUGCCUAACCAGAAUGAUGGUGUUGACGCUGAUGGAAGCCACAGCAGUUCCCCAACUGUUUUGAAUUCUAGUGGCAGAAUGGAUGAAUCUGUCUGGCGACCAUACUGAAAUUCCUCAGCCGUGGCCCAACAGUGGUCCAGCGGUAUCUGGGGGCCACAUCCCACAUGUAUCAAUAUAUACAUAUAUAGAGAGUGCAUAUAUAUGUAUAUCAACUAUCUACAAAGUGCCUGUUUUUUUACAAGAGUUUUCAUUCAUUCACUCACUCAUGAUCUGACAGCCAUAAGAGGGUAGAGAUACUAGAAACAGAAGGCCCAAGAGAGACGAUCAUAAUUGGGUUUCAGAUCGUUUAUUAUUUAAGAAGUACUUUUGCAAAGAACAAACAAGGGAAAAGGUAUUUUGUUGUUGGUGGUUUUUUUUUUUUUUUUUUUGGUCUGUUAUCGUAAAUAACCUGUUCCUUGGCCGAUUCUGAGAUGUGGCUUCCGGGCGCAGGAGGAAAAUGAGCAAAGCUGCUUCCUCCCUGUGCUCAAAGCCUCAUGGCCUUGGCCGGUGCUCUCUUCUGAGCAGCUGCAGAGCCAGGGGAGGCACAGGGAAGAGACAGGUAGAAUGGAUGUAUCCCCCACAGCACUGCGUGUUUGCAGCGGCUGUCCUGGCUCUCGGCUCUGCUCACUCACAGACCUGUGCAGGUACUCAUCUGAACUCUCUGGUUCAGUUUUUUUUUUUUUCUUCCCCUUCUCUAAGAAAGUGACUUCAAAAAUACUGAUCAGGAUAGAAGAUUUUAUUUUACUUUUUUAUACUUUUUUCCCUUUUCCCAUUUAGCCAAAAAGAAAAUCCCAUUCCUUAAAACUCCCCUUCUCCUAUUAUGCAAAACUAAAAAUGGCAAUACCUUAUUAUAGCCAUAAUGGUAUAGAUAGUGUUUGCGUUUGGCUGUGUGUUAUUUGUUUUCUUUUUUUUUAAAUUAUGAAUAUGUGUAAAAAUCUGAGGUAACUUGCUAACGUGAAUGGUCAUAUAACUUUAAAGAUAUAUUUAUAAUUAUUUAAUGACAUUUGGACCCUUGAAACAUUUCUUAGUGUAUUGAUAUGUUGACUUCGGUCUCUAAAAGUGCUCUUUAUUAAAUAACAAAUUUCUUCAGUGGGCUAGAGCCAUAUCUGAAAUAUUGCUAAGCAAUUUCAGUUCAUCCAGGCACAAUGUGAUUUUUAAAAAUGCUUCCAUCUCCAGAUAUUUUAGAUGUAGCUUGUUUUUGUGAUGUAUGAAGGAAAUGUUAUGUUUAGUUCUUUCAGAUCUCCGAUUGCCUCUAACACAGCUUUUGCCUUUUAAAGCAAUAAUUAGGGAUUUAAAAAGCAACUCAUAGCCCUUUGUCACUCACAUUGCCCUUUAUCAGCAUGAGAUGCUGGAGUGAUGUGGUUUCCUAAUUUCUUUUGGAUAAUUAUGACUCUUGUCAUAUAAAAAACACAAGCACAACUGAAUUAUUGACUGCAGAGAAACGUUCUGUGGUUUCCUAGUUAAGUAAAACUCUAAAUCGCCAGGCUUCCUAGUGUAGACCCACACUAGUGUAGACCUAGUGUAGAGCCACACACAUGGAUAAAGGAUCCAUCGUAAUAUACAUCGUACAGGAAAGCAGAAUUGCACCAGGGAUUCCUAGCCAACCAGCCUUACCAAGCAGUAGAUCAGGGGAACCCAGAUCAGCCUUACCCAAGGCCUGCCCCACUGGGCAUGGCUUUCCACAGAAUUUGCAUUGAAAGGAGCAGAAUGAAGCCAUUGUCCCAUGGGAUUGGGUCCUCUGGAUAGCAGCAGCCCAGUUCCUGCAUGUAGCUGACCUGAGAGGACACAACGUCCAGCCUUUGAUAUCUAUUUCUCACAAUGGAGGGUCCAGGGAAGGCAAGGCUGUGGGGAGUUUGGUGUCUACUACUACUGUGUAUGAAUUUGAGUGAGAGCCCUCCUGUAGGAUGCACUUUGACCACCUCGGAGCCCACAUGGCAAAUUCCCAAAUGUGAAUCCGUCAUCCAAGCCAGGGUCAUUUGAUGACACCAUCAGGCACGUCCCUGGCCCCUCACCAAAGAUCAGGUCCCUUCCUGAACAUGCUGUGUCGACCUAAGCAGGGCGUGCAGAGGUCCCCUCCAGCGCCCGUGUUCCUCAGCCAUUCUGAAGCCCACCUUUGUAGGGCAUUGCAGGGCAGUCUCUGGGGCAGCUGCACCUGUGCUUCCUGCCUGGGUGUCUCCCUUGGAAUUUGUCCUGACUCUUGCCGAUAACAAUCGAGGGGAAACCAAACCAAACCAAACCAAACCAAAUACUUUGCCUUCUAAAGGAUGUAUACCAAGUAUGCUUAGAUAAAUAAGCCACUUUUCUAUUACUUAAGAUGGAAGUAGUAAUUGAUACUAUUUAUUUUUUGUGUGUGGUAGCUUGAAGCAUGCCACUGUCCAUUUAUAUGUAAGUGUGAAAUAUGUGUGUUUGUCUCAGCAGCACUUAAAAAAGCCAGUGUCUGGUUACACAUUUCCAGUUUAAUUAAUUGACAUAACCACCAGUGCCAUCUGCACCCUAUUUAAUAAGAAAGGUACUCUACUUGUGCAUUGUUUUUUAAUGUUAAAGGGCUUUUUUAAGUUUACAGUACACAUACUGAGUGACUUUAGGGAUGCUCUAGUGUUGAAAUGUUUAAAUUAGAGUGGCUGCAGGCAGCAACCCAAAAACACUUUAAACGUUUUUUCCUUGGGAAAAAUUCAAGCACUUCUUUCCUGCACCCUCACUCACCACUCCAAUGGGCAAUUGACAUUUCUUAGAACAAAUUCUGUCCUUUUUUUGCCUAGGGGUUAAACAAUCUUUUCUUUUCCCUGAACCCUAGUUUGCACUUGGUGUCAUGUAUAAGAUUUGUAAUUUCAAGACCAAAGCAAAAUCUUAGUCCUACUGUGGAACCAUGUACUAGUCAACACUCUCUUUCCUUGGGGUUAGUGUGGUUUGUUAGGUAGCACAGAUGUUGCUGGAACUUACAGCGUGACCAAUGCAGUCUUUUUUUUUUUAAUCCAUUUCAGUUGCUCACAAAUUUUAACCUAUGUCAGUUUCCAGAACAGGUACCACAACUUUAAGCUGUAGAUUAGUAGAAAGAUAUCCAGUCUAGAACUGAGAGACUCAACGGAUUAAAUCUCCUUUGCUCUUUAGACUGUCAUGCCCCACCCACCUUAAGGGCCUCUUUUAUAAAUGAGCAGAGAAAUCCAUACUGUUAGGGACCCUCCAUUGUAAAUUCACAAGGGAAGAGAUGUGUACUGGCUUCAAGGGUCCCCUCCAUAUUAAGGAAAGGGACUGACCCAGAAUCUGGGUUAAAACAUGGGAAUACAAAGCAUUAGCAGAGGUGAUAAUUACACCAUGGUAUUGAAGGAACAAUAAUAAAAUAAAAGAUGACUCUUCCAAACCUUGAAUUUGUUGUUCUUAAAAAGAUAAUGCAUUUUAAAAAAAAUAUUUUCUAUGUGAGAAUUUUUAGGUGUUUGUUUACUUCAUGUUUACAAAUAAUUGUUUGCUUUUUAAUGCAGUACUUUGAAAUAUAUCAGCCAAAACCAUAACUUACAGUAAUUUCUUAGGUAUUUUGAAUAAAAUUCCAGUUUUUGGAUAUGCUUUACCAUUCUUAGAUUUCUGUGGAACAAAAAUAUUUGUAGCAUUUUGUGUAAAUACAAGCUUUCAUUUUUAUUUUUUUCCAAUUGCUAUUGCCCAAGAUUUGCUUUCCAUGCACAUAUUGUACAAAUUCUGCUUUGUGCCACAGGACAUGAUUGUGGAUGAGUUUACCCUUAACUUCAAAGGGACUAUUUGUAUUGUAUGUUGCAACUGUAAAUUGAAUUAUUUGGCAUUUUUCUCAUGAUUGUAAUAUUAAUUUGAAGUUUGAAUUUAAUUUUCAAUAAAAUGGCUUUUUUUGUUUUGUUA